GAGUUGGCCGUCCCGGCGAGGGCGGGGCCGCGGACGAGCCCCGGACUGCUCUUUGAGUGGGAGCCGCCACUGUCCACUUCAGUCCUGGGCGUCGGGAGACAGCGGUAUCAGCGCCAUGAAUGAGGCAGAGGGGCUGCGGCAGCGCCGGCCCUCGGGGCUCAAGUCACACUGAGGACAACCAGGCGCAGGAAGCCAAGCAGGGCAGCACUUAUAGCAGUAGAGUUUUCCAGAUGACCUUUAUGAUGCUAGCAGUGUCCCUUUUGGUUCCUUUGCUUGGGGCAGUAACUCUGCUGAAUUGCCCCAUUGAUCCUCAACCUCUCAGUUUCAAAGAGCCCCCCUUCCUACUUGGAGUUCUGCGACCAAAUGUGAAGUUGCAACAAGCAGAAAAGUUAUUUGAAAACCAACUUAUUGGUCCGGAGUCCAUAGUAAAUAUUGGUGAUGUUUUGUUUACUGGCACUGCUGAUGGUCGGAUCGUAAAACUUGAAAAUGGAGAAGUAAUCACAAUUGCCAAACUUGGUAAAGGCCCUUGCAAAACCAGAGAAGAUGAGCCUGCUUGUGGAAGACCUCUUGGCAUCCGAGUUGGGCCUAAUGGUACACUUUUUGUGGCAGAUGCUUACCAGGGAAUAUUUGAAGUGGAUCCCAGCACAGGUAGAGUGAAACACCUCUUGUCUUCCCAAAUACCCAUUGAGGGAAAGAAAAUGUCAUUUGUGAAUGAUCUGACAAUUACUCAGGAUGGGAGAAAAAUUUAUUUCACGGAUUCUAGCAGUAAAUGGCAAAGACGAGAUUAUCUGCUCUUGGUUAUGGAGGGUACAGAUGAUGGACGAUUGCUAGAAUAUGAUACUGUAACCAGAGAAGUAAAGGUUUUAAUGGAGGGAUUAAGGUUUCCCAAUGGAGUCCAGCUGUCUCCUGCUGAAGAUUUUGUUUUGGUGGCAGAAACUACUAUGGCAAGAAUAAGAAGGUUUUAUGUGUCUGGGCUUAUGAAAGGUGGGGCAGACAUGUUUGUGGAAAACAUGCCUGGUUUUCCAGAUAAUAUUCGACCAAGCAGCUCUGGAGGAUACUGGGUCGCCAUGUCAACUGUUCGACACAAUCCUGGGUUUUCUAUGAUGGAUUUCUUAUCAGAAAAACCAUGGAUUAAAAGAUUAAUUUUUAAGCUACUAAGUCCAGAAACAGUGUCGAAAUUUGUGCCUCGAUAUAGCCUCGUCUUGGAACUUGGAGACAAUGGAGCCUACCAAAGGAGCUUACAUGAUCCCAAUGGACUGGUUGCUGCUUAUGUUAGUGAAGUGCAUGAACAGGAUGGACACCUUUACUUGGGCUCCUUCAGAUCUCCUUUUCUUUGCAAACUUAACCUUGAUCUCCUUUAAUCAACCCCAAAGAAAUCUAAUGCUACUGAUCUAAGAAUUGUCCUGCUCAGAUAUUUUAGUAGUCUAAGUACCCGAGGUGUCCCUUUACCCAUAGUCAUGGAAAUGCAUCUACCAAUAUUUAAUGUCAUCACUUUUCAGGGUAGCAGGGGAAUACCACAGCACUCUGCUCAUCUGUUAGCUUUCCAUGGUAGGAUCCUUUCAUCUUGGUUUAUUUCUUUUAAAGGCAAAUGUAUAAGAUGAUGGCUUUGGGAAUUCAGGUAACAGAAUUCUCUCAUCCAAAAAUAUCUGCUUGUGGAGCAGUUCUCUAAGGAAGUUUGAAUUCUUUUAUAUACUUAAACAUUUAAGGAACUUAUUUCUGCUACUAAUUCUGUUCUUCCAUCCCUAGCUUUGCUACCUGUGAAAAAGGAUUAAUAAAUACAUUGGGAGGGGAUGCUUUGAUAUUAGCAUAAAGAAGCUAUGAAAAUUAAGUAAGAAUUACAUUCUAAAGAUUUGUGCUAGAACCUUGACCUCAACGAUCCAAAAGCCACCCCCUGCAAACUGAAGUGAUUUGUCUGGCUAGGCUUUUAGGUAGUUAAAGCUUUGCCUCUUGAGGGGCACAACAAAAGGCUUGUAGGAUACCUCAGUUCCUUUCAACUAUAUAAAGGUUAGGUGCUGCAAGAAGGUUCUCUGGUGAAAGUCAGCUUAUUUCAAUAACACCAGGAGUUAAUACCAAUGUCUCUUUCUAAAAACUAUCUGUUAGAGUAGAAUGAUGUCACCUAAUAGAUUCAGUCCCCCAAAGUGAUUUGUUUGCCUUUACAUUGUUACCAUCUCGAACAGCAGACAUGGUUAAAAUCAUUAUGUUCCAAUGUCAUGUUUGAGUUACUCACUACCUUGACAAGUAGUUGUAUAGGUGGCAAACUUCAUCACUGAGAACUAUGUAAUAAUGACUAUAUUAAAUUUGCUUUUCUGCUAUUUGACUUUUUUGACUGUCACCCAGAAAAUUAUUAUAUAGUAUAAUUAUUACAACAAUGUCUGAAAAUUAGAUUCUGCACAUUAUUAUCAGGAAGUUAAUUUUCAGUUAACAUACUUUUAUUUAGGAGGGAAAUGUUGGAUUUAGUAUGGAAUUAAUACUUACAGUGCUACUUGAAGAGAAUAGUACUAUCUUCCAUGGGAAAUUGUGGUAUACUUUGAGAGGCUGCCCAGUUUAUAAGAAUUCACUUGAAUUCAUUUGCCUUUCCUUGUCAUGGACUUAAUCCUUUGUGGCCCUGUAGCUAGCUAUGCUGCUUUUCUGUUCUGUUUCUUCUUCUUCUUCUUCUUCUUCUUCUUCUUCUUCUUCUUCUUCUUCUUCUUCUUCUUCUUCUUCUUCUUCUUCUUCUUCUUCUUCUUCUUCUUUCUUCCUUCUUCCUUCUUCCUUCUUCUUCCUUCUUCCUUUUUCCUUCCUCCUUCCUCUUUCUUCUUUCUUCUUCUUCUACAAUCCCUUCAAUCUAUAAACAAUGUAUUAGGUAAAUUGCUGAAGUGCUUUGGAGAAAGAUACUAUUUUAAAUAGAAGAUGGUGUUUAAGUUUGAUAAUUUAAAUAGUUCUGUUUUAAGUUUAGGUUAUAUAUACUAAUUGGGUGGACACUACUGAAAAAUGAUUUAACAACAGUCUGUACUAAUUGGGCAGCUAGGUGCCAUAUUGAGUGCCAGAGCUAGAGUCAGGAAGACAUCUUCCUGAGUUGAAAUCUGGCCUUAAAA